UCAGAAACAAAAGCUGCUUCUGCCUCUAGACCUCACCUAGCAUGUGACCUCCCCCACUGUUUGCCGACGUGGUUUCUCCCAAGAACAAGCAGUCACCUCCCCUCCCUAAGUCAGAUUUGUCUCCACUCCAAGGAAAUGCACAGUACCUUCGAGUCGAGUAAAGAAACUGUACUUACACUCUUUCAGCUGGAAGCCCACUGUUUGUUUGUGUUUUUUUAAGAGGAAAAAGGGGUCAGGUUGUCUCCGUUGGAGGAGGCUGGUGCACAAGUUUUAGGCUGACAAGUCAUGACGAGACUACUUCAGAAUCCUUUGGUGAUCCUCUGAACCCUCCUCCCCUCCUCCUUCCAAUGUUUCAGUGGUUGGGGCCAUGGCCUCUCAGUCAGGCAACAUGAACCGUGAGGACCGGAAUGUGCUCCGAAUGAAAGAAAGAGAAAGGAGAAAUCAAGAAGUCCAGCCGGGAGGAGGAGAGUCCUUUCCAGCUAAUUCCCCCCUCUUCCCUGAACCCUACAAAGUUGUCAGCAAAGAAGAUAAACUGUCCAGCCGUAUUCAGAGCAUGCUGGGCAAUUACGACGAGAUGAAAGAGCCUAUCGGUGACACGCUUCCAAAGCUUGGCGGUAAACCUUCUAACAGCUCAUCUUCUUCUGAGGAUAAAUCAGGCCCACCUUUGUUUGGUGGGGAGCAGCGUGGUGUUGGUAAUGGUGGUGGCAGCCAGAGCAGCAAGUGGACUCCCGUCGGUCCCGCAGCAGGGGGAUCUUCAUCCCAGUCCCAGAAACGCUCAGGACUCCAGGGGGGACACAGCAGCCAGAGGAGCAAUGGUGGUAGCAGCAGCAGCAGUAACAGUGGCCAAAGAGGUGAGGUGCGGGAAAAGAAAUCAAGCAAACACAGCGGAGGGUCAGAGCACUCAAAGUCACACACGUCAAGUCCGGCCAAGAGCUCUCUGAGUUCCUCCAGCAGCCACUCGCGGAGCUCCUUGUCCGCUGAGCAGCAUCACAGCAAGGAGCGCUACCGCUCCAAGUCUCCCAGGGACAGGGAGGCCAACUGGGACUCCCCCUCACGGGUUCACACUUCCUUUCCCAGUGGACAGCACUCAAGUCAGACUUUUCCUCCAUCUCUAAUGAACAAGCCUGGAUCCAUGCAGCAAAAGCCCACAGCUUAUGUGCGGCCUAUGGAUGGUCAGGAAACUGCAGAACCCAAGAAUUCACAAGCAGACGGCUACAGUGGACAGUCACACAGCAGCACCAUGGGAGAAGUGAAGUCUAACGGCAAAGCUUCACUUUCCAAACUCAAGAUCCCCUCCCAACCUGUAGAGGGAUCCAGUGAUGCCAACUGUGUUGAUGAAAUUCUGAAGGAAAUGACUCAGUCGUGGCCUCCUCCACUGACAGCUAUCCACACUCCCUGCAAAACAGAGCCCUCCAAGUUUCCAUUCCCCACCAAGGAUAAUCAUGCUUUUCCAAGUGGACACAAGCGAGGCAGUUCAUCAAAAAGUUCCAAUAGCCACCAACCUAAAGACUGCAAUGACCAACAUCCUAUACUGAAAAAUGACUUGAUGAUCAGCAGCAGUGAAGACAGUGAUGGUGAACAAGAAACAAAGAAUGCCUCAAGGAACACAUCAGCAAGCAAUAACAGUGAAGCAGCAGAGCAGUCGAGGGAGGACUCGAGCAGCCACAGCGGUUCAGAGAGCAGCUCGGGCUCCGACAGUGAGAGCGAAAGCAGCACGACAGACAGCGAAGCCAACGAGCAACCACGGCCCACCUCUCCUGAACCUGAACAACCUAUGGCCAACAAGUGGCAGCUGGACAACUGGUUCAAGAAGACCCCAGUGGAUAACAACAACGCUCCACCCAAGUGCAAGAAAGAAGGUCGAGAUAACAGCUCAGGGCGUGGCUAUAGUAGCCAGGGAGGGGGUUCAAAAGACUCAGCCGCACCACCCCCAAGCAGGGACCUACGUGCACCGCAAAAGGGUGCGGAGGGUGGGCGUGGAAGGCAAAAAUCUCCCGCACAGAGUGAUGGCGGCACAAGUACUCGAAUCCGUGAAGGUAAAAAGCAGCCGAAAAAAUCAGAGAAGCCUCCUGUGGUGGAGGAACCAAAAGGAGGUCUAAAAGUGGAGAGUGAGCCCGCUCCAGAGAUACCUCCACACCGACCCAAAGCCGCCACUAAGGGUUCGCGUAAACCAAGCAUCAAAAAAGAACCCAAAUCCUCUCCGAGGCCCACUGCACCCACUAUCACCACCACUACAGAUAAACGCAAGACCAAGGCCCCCACAAAGACUCCCCAGUCACGUGAAUUUGUUGAUACAGACUCUUCAUCAUCAGACUCCGAGGGAAAUGACAGCAUCCCGUCCUCAUCGCAGACACCCAAGUACACGGAUAGCAUCAGGACUCCUGUGUGUGUCUUCUCUCCAAUGGAAGAGAAGGAGUUGUUGUCCCCACUCAGUGACCCUGAGGAGCGAUACCCUUCAAGGCAGCCUCAGCAGCAGGUUUUACUUGUCAAAAUAGAUCUUAGCUUGCUGUCUAGGAUCCCUGGACGGUCGUACAAGGAACCGGCGGAGAUAAAAGUGGAGAGGGAGGACUCUCUAGACAGAGACAGCAAGGAGUUCAGCAAACAGAACAAGGCCAAGAGGAAACACAAGAACGAUGAAGAAGGCACAAAGCCUGAGAGUAAGCGUUUCAAGCCAGAGAAUAAGUCUCAUCAUAAAAGCAGCAGUAAAGAGUCUAAGAGGUCUUUGGAGAAGAAAGAGGAGUCUGUCCCAUCUCCUUCCUUGUCCGGGCUUCAGCGGACACCAAAAGCAGAGCAUCUGAGUCGGAAGAGGACAGUCAGUCAGUCCUCCACCUCGCUGUCGAGUGGGACUGGAAGUGGGAAAGAGGGGAGCCGCGGCACAAAGGGCAGCUCCACCUCUAAGCGUGGGAAAGUGGAUGACAAGGGAUGCAGCACACGCGAUGGCAAGGAGAAAUCCUCAAAGAGCUGUGAUAACCAGCUGGCCGUGCCUCCUCUCUCGACUGACGGUUCCAAAAGAUCCAAGCUUGUGUUUGAGGACAGGGUUCAUUCAGCCGACCACUACUUACAGGAAGCCAAGAAACUAAAGCACAAUGCAGAUGCACUGGUGGAUCGUUUUGACAAAGCAGUAUUCUACCUGGACGCUGUGGUGUCGUUCAUCGAAUGUGGCAACGCUCUGGAGAAGAGCGCCCAAGAAGCCAAGUCACCCUUCCCAAUGUAUGCUGAAACAGUGGAGCUUAUCAAAUACACUAUGAAGUUAAAAAGCUACAUGGCCCCAGAUGCAACUUCAGCAGAUAAAAGGCUCGCUGUGCUUUGCCUCCGAUGCCAGUCUCUCCUCUACCUGCGGUUGUUCAAGUUAAGGAAAGACAGUGCUCUAAAAUACUCCAAAACACUCACUGAACACUUGAAGAAUUCUCUGAGUAACACCCAGGCUCCCUCUCCUGGAAUGGGAAACAAGGCAGCAGGUAUGCCCUCUCCAGUGUCACCCAAACUGUCACCGGGUACAGGAGGUGGCUAUUCAUCGGUCAGCAGCACCACCAACGCCAGCUCGUCAGUGACUAUACCUCAGCGUAUCCACCAGAUGGCUGCCAGCUACGUCCAGGUCACCUCCAACUUCCUGUAUGCCACAGAGAUCUGGGAUCAGACAGAGCAACUUUCCAAGGAGCAGAAAGACUUCUUCUCAGAGUUGGACAAAGUGAUGGGUCCUCUGAUCUUCAACACCAGCAGCAUGACAGAACUGGUGCGUUACACACGGCAGGGGCUCCACUGGCUGCGCAUGGACGCUAAACCGAUUCCCUAGCGAGGACUCGCUGCCUGCAUGCUGCUUCCUCAUACACAGCCACACCUGAGCCUUUCUUUCUUAGCAGCCUGUGCUCAAAGACAUACACACCCUCAAAGCAAACAAACAUAACAGUCACAUACUGUAUACACACACGCACACAGUCCACCUCUGGUCCUCCAUGUAUGCUUACAUGUGAUGAACUUCUCAGACAUAUCUCCAACACUGUGUCCAUUUUUCUGCACCAGCUUGCCAAAAACACUGAGCAACUAAGGACAAUGUCCCACCUUCGCCGGCACCACACAGGGAGACGCAUCGAAACUGCAAUCGAAAAGCUUAUAGCCUGGCUUCGUAUAUCGGCAUUCUUACAAAAAUUUUGAAGGCCAUGUUUUUUAAUCACUCUGGCAUGAAAGUGCUGGAUGAAUUCUAUGUUAUGAAUACACUAAAACUGGGGUUUGGUUUAUAGGCUACUUUGGCUUUGAACUUUUUAUUUUACUUUGUUUCACCAAAGUACCUCCCAGGAACACCAAAGGUGCUUUAAAAUGAAGGUUUCUCUUUAUCAUUUUCGUGCCUUGUAUGUGAGCUACAGGAAAACGGUCACCAGUAAUAUCUCAAUAAAUUAUUUUUCUUUUUUUUUUAUUUUUUUUUUUUUUUUUUAUAUAGCCACACUUACAUAUUUAAUCAUUUAGCAGUUAAUGGAAGCUGGUAUUGCAGUUUCAAAUCCCUCUUAACGUCUCUUAAAACAAAGAUAGUGUUGCCCAUCCCCGAAUAAAGCUACCAUGUGGAUUUACCUCUCACCGUCGUCUCAAAGGAUCAUCUCAGAUGAUGCCCGUAUGAAGGGCUACGCUGCACAGCGGAUUAAUACUUCUGACGCAAAUUAUUUAUAAAUUUUAUUUUAGAAGCUAUAUUGAUCAGUGGAUUAGUUUUUAACAAUAAAAUUUGAUUUUAGAAUCUUUCUUUUUUUUUUUUUUUUUUUUUUUACCCUGCUAUCAAAUAAAGCGUAGAUGAAUUGUUUCAGUUUUUAAAAAGUUUGCUUUACAUCCAUUAUCGUCCAGCAGGGGUGAUUACUCUCCUGGCCUUAAUGUGAGAUUUUUGCCUUUUUAAAGCUUUAGAACUCAGCUAUUAUACUGUAGCUACAUUGUUCUAGAAAUUUCCUCAAGCAAGAAUCACCUCCACACAGUGUUAUUCUUUUCUUGAUCACUUUUGUUUGUCAAGAGUAUAUUUUUCUAAGGAACAGCAGGGACUGUCAUGAGUAUUAAAGACUGUGUCCACAUUUACUUUGCAGUUAUUUAUGUUGCAGUUUAUGAAAAGUUGGGCCUGAGUUUCCGCUAAUUUGGCAUAAUGAAACAAUUUUAUUAAAAUUAUUGUUUAGAGAAAUGAACUUGUCAGUGAUGGAGAUUAGCAGUGUUGCAUUUAUAUGACAGAGUUUUAAACCUAUAAGAAAUAUAAUGACCGAUUAUAGAUUCUAUUUAUAUAACAAGCAGUUUCUUUUUUGUUUUUCUGUUGUCUAACCAAGCUAAUGCAAAAUUCAAGAUUGCAACAGGGGUUAUAAAAAGAAAUAUUUGUAAUGUAAUUAUUCCUAUUUAAAUUUAAAGCAGAAAUCAUGUUUGUCUUGCCAUAAAGUAGAUGCUUUGUCUGCUUUCCAGACUUGAUAUGGUCAUCACUGCGGCAAAUGUUUAUGGUAGUGGUUUCAGAAGAAAUGUCCUUGUUGAAUAUUUCUAACUUACCAGAAUAUGCUGGAAAUAAAUGCUAAGCCUGGGCUGAAUAAUAUUUUGCAUCAAGCGUUUUAACUGGACAAUAAAGUAGCAAAAAGUUUAUGACAUGUCUUAAACUUUCUGGUUCUUGUAAAUGUUUAUAACACAGAGACAAAUUACUGUUCGGCCCGGCUUUGUCUAUUUUUCUUGUUUCUUGCAUUUUUUUUUUCUUCUUUAACUGGCUCCCUGGCCUUUAUUGCAAGAGGGGAUACUGUUAUUUUUUUCUUACAGUUGAAGAAGAUGAAAUAUUAUUUUAAUCUAUGCAGGAUUUUUACAACAAAAUGCUCUGUUUCUCUAAAGUAAAAAAAAACAAAAAACAAAAAAAAAACAUUUUUAGGCUUGGGAUUACCCCCUCUCCAUUUUAUGUUCAGCCUAUGUGAGAAACCUGUUUAGCCUUCAGCCUUUGCUAUUUUGUGUACUGGUUUUAGUAUACAAGUGUAUAUAGAUCUUUUUUUUUCCUCUCUCUUUUUUUCCCUCUCUAAUAAAUAAUCAAAAAGGUGGCUUUAAGCCAUUUUCUACUUAAAGCUGAAGGCAGCUUUUCUCAUCAGAAUGCCUCUGUGGGUUUUGGCAGCCCAAUCAAUGUCUUCAUACACUGGUACACUUUGUAAGUUGAUGUCAGCACCUCGUGUUCCCUACACUUGUCAAAUGUAAAAGAAAAGAAAAAAAAAGCAUUAGAAUAAUUUUUUUAACGGUUUGCUACUCACACUUAUUUAUUUUUCUGCCCCUUUGCUUAUUUUUUUCUAUUUUGCCUUUUUAAGGAGCACCAUUUUAUGAAAUAGGAUGAUGUAAAUGUAUUGGAGCUGUUCAUGAUGAGAUUUCAUUGUAAGUAGUAAUUAAUAUUAAUUCUAACUUGAACGAAUCCAGGGUAAGAUAAGUUUUUUUGACAUUUAUUAGGGAGAUGUUAACACUUGCAUGUUUCUAUUUAAAUACAAUUGUAUAAAUUGUAAAUAUAACAUUUCUUUAGGGGUGAAUUUCUACUACAGGUUGACAUUUUUAUUAAAUUUUAAAAAACAUGCUGUAAAUAUAAUUUGUGAGAUACUUUAUGCACAUUUUUUCCUCCAUGUGGGCUUUUGUGUCCUCUUCCUCACCUAAGUUGUUACAGAUGACAUCCCUCUCUGUUAACACUGUAUAUCAAGAUAUCUCAGUUCUUUUCCUAUGUGCUUGUAAACUUUUGUCUUCUUCACUGUCCCAUAGUAUCAUGACCGCCACAUAAUCAUUAAUGUCUCUUAAUCCAAGUGCGAAUAUUUUGUCCUCUCUGUAUUUGAUAUGGAGCUGUGUACUUCAUUAAGUGUAUAUUGUUGAGUUAAUGAGAUGGAUGGAUGGCAUGCACAGUCUGUUGUCUGUCUCUUCCUCAGAGAUGUGUAUUUACUAUGUCCCUUUUGAACAAUUGGUCCAAAUUGUCUUUUGAAACAGAGGUAUUUCUCCACACUUCAGAACAGUUGUAGCAGUUUAUACAGUAUGUUGUAUAACACCUUUUUCUAAAAGUCGUCUCCAAAGUGAGACCGGCAGCAUACACUAUGUACAAUAAUCUAAAUUGGACUAGUUUUCAGAGAACUGAUGAUAGAGAUAUUAUAUAUAAUGGAUGCAAUAUAAUUCAAGGUACUCAUCAAAGUUUGAUCUUCAAACUUAGGUUAUGUAAUUUAAAGGCAUUCUUGUGAAGUGAGUAUUAAUUGUGACUAAUGAGAGUCUGUCCUGAAUAUUCUUUGUAUUUUGCUGUAUUGAGAAUAAAAUAUAUAUGAAUAUGUUUAA